AUGGAUCUCAAGAGGCUCCACUCUUUGACCCUCCUGCUGUUUCUGUCCCUGGCUUUUGAGCAGAGCUAUGGAAUAGGGGGAGGCAUGAUGAACUGCCCGAAGACUCUCCACCAGUUGGGAAGGAAAGUGCUGCUGCCUCUGACACAUGAAGGGAUAAAUAAGAGCAUGGACAAAAGCAUCCACAUCGUUGUCACAGUAGCAACAUCACCAGAAAACAGCGUCAAGAAGAAAAUAGUGUCUCUUGAUCCGUCUGAAGGAGGCCCUCCGCAUUAUCUAAAGGACCGCUACAAGUUUCAUCUGGAGAAUUUGAGCCUGGACAUCCUGGAAAGCAGGAAGGAGGAUGAGGGAUGGUACUUUAUGACCCUGGAGAAAAACGAUUCAGUUCAGCACUUUUGCCGGCAGCUGAAACUUUAUGAGCAGGUCUCUACUCCAGAAAUUAAAGUGUUAAACAAGACCCAGGAGAAUGGGACCUGCACCUUGAUGCUGGCCUGCAUGGUGGAGAAGGGGGACAAUGUGGUUUAUAGCUGGAGUGAGAAGGCGGCCAGCCAGCCUCUGAGCUCAGUCAACAGCUCCCACCUGCUGUCUGUCACCCUCGGCCCCCAGCAAGCUGACAACACCUACAUCUGCACUGUGAGCAACCCCAUCAGCAAACAAUCCAAAGCCAUCACGCCCUGGCCCAGAUGCCACACAGAACCCUCGGGACCAAUACCAUGGGUACUGUAUGUUGGGCUAUGCUUAGGAGUUGUCAUUGGUGCCCUCAUGAUUCUCCAAGUGGUACUGCUACUGUUGCGAAGAGGAGGUAAAACGGACCAUUACCAGCCAGCAAAAGAAGCAAAAAGCCUUACUAUUUAUGCUCAAGUCCAGAAAUCAGGUGUUCUUCAAAAGAAAUAUGAUCCCCUCCCAGCUCAGGACCCCUGCACUACCAUUUACGUAGCUGCCACAGAGCCUCUCCCUGAGUCUGUACAGGAACCAAACUCCAUCACAGUCUAUGCCAGUGUGACGCUCCCAGAGAGCUGA